GUCCAUUUAACUUGAAUCAAAGCGAACAAAAAAAUUAGGCCAAGAACCAAAUUGCAUCUCUUGGAAAUCAUCUUCAUACCCACGAUCAAUUUCUACGCCGUGAUGUCUGAACUCAAAUGAAGCUCGGUGAAUAUUAAUUAACCCUCUAAUGGCGUCUCGCAUGACAACAUUCACUCGCCUCUUCUCCUCUAAUGGCGUCGUAUCAACGAAUCGCGUAACCACGUUUUUGGGUUUGGGUUCGGGGUACAGCUCGUACUCUUCGGCAGUGGCUUCCCUUGAAUCAGAGGCGGAUUCUCGGUUGUUCGGUUUGAAAGAUUACGAAGAUUACAGAAAAACGCUCCAUGGUGGAAUCACUCAUAAAGCACUGUUGGUGGACGCCGUUGGCACCCUCGUUAUCCCUUCUCAGCCCAUGGCUCAGAUUUAUAAGCAGAUUGGGGAGAAAUACGGAGUGGAUUUUAGUGAAGAUGAGAUUCUGAAGAGAUACAGGAGAGCAUAUGAGCAACCAUGGGGCAGAUCUCGACUCAGAUACGUAGAUGAUGGAAGACCUUUCUGGCAACAUAUAGUUAGUUCAUCAACAGGCUGUUCUAACUCUCAAUACUUCGAGGAGCUUUAUAAUUAUUACACCACUGAAAAGGCAUGGCAUCUCUGUGAUCCAAAUGCUGAGAAGGUGUUCAAGGCUCUGAAAAAAGCCGGUGUAAAAUUGGCAAUUGUUUCAAACUUUGACACACGUUUAAGACCUCUUCUGCGUGCCCUAAAAUGUGAUCACUGGUUCGAUGCCUUGGCUGUUUCAGCUGAAGUUGCUGCAGAGAAACCAAAUCCUAUGAUAUUUCUAAAAGCAUGUGAGUUAUUAGGGGUAGAACCGGAAGAUGCUGUCCACGUAGGCGAUGACCGUAGAAACGAUAUAUGGGGUGCCCGAGAUGCAGGCUGUGAUGCUUGGCUUUGGGGAAGCGAUGUCCAUUCCUUUAAGGAGAUUGCUGAAAGGAUAGGUGUUGAAGUCUAAAUGAAACCGAAGCUUUUUGGUUUUGAAGAAAUAACGUGGCUGUUGUAAAAUAGGGUUUUUGGUAUCGAAAUAUAAUGAUGUAUCAUAUUGUUCUAUGGGUAUGGUAUAAUUGGUCUAUUGUGUUAUACCAUAUGUAUAAGUCUGUAUGAACAUGAUGCAACUGUUGUAUUCGAUCCUUUUAUUUUAAUAUAUAUUUUCUGUAGUUUUUGAUAUGAGCAUGAGGGAAGUACUACUU